ACAGAGGCGUCUGGGAAGCCAGAAGUUCCCAAAGCAGCGGGAACCUGAACGUGAGCAGAGUUCCCAGCAGCAGCAGCAUGAAGGGGACACUGGCUGCGCUGGCCUUGCUGCUGAGCGGCGAGCUGGGCUUGCAGAGGAGUGAGAGUGUGGUCACUUGCCCGAUCUUUUAUGAGGUCUUUGGGGCACUGUCCCUUGGAAGCAGGACACUGCUGGAUGGCUCCUUGAGCAUGGUCGAUGCCACCCCAGCAGAGAAAGAAGCCCUGGGAAAAGUCCAGGAUUGCUACAAUGAGGGAGGGCUUACAGCCAAGACCUUGGAUCUACUGGCCAUGGAUUCUGGGUUGCAUGUGGAGCGUCAGAGACAUGAAUCGGUGCCCACAUUGGAUGCUGAUGCCACAGUUGGAAGCUGA